AUGACCAACCCCACAAGUGAUCCAGAGAUGGACAAAGGCCUAGAAGAACUCAGUGAGAGUUCUGAAGUUCUGCUUCACUCACGCCUAGAAGAACAGUAUCACCUUAUCUGUAUAGUGAAGAAAAAAGCAGGGGAUGCAUGUCAACACUGCAGAGUCCUGGAACAGCUCGACAUGGAGCUGGAGGAACUGAGGACAGAGGACGUUUUGAAAAUGAAAGCCCAGAGCAAAUGGGUUCAGAAUUUGGAGGGGUGCUUUAUGGAUCUGGCCAACAACCAUGAAAAAAUGAUCCAGUUCAGGGACGAAUAUAAGAAACAGCACAUGCAGCUGUGGGAGAAAAAGCACCUGAAGAAAGGCAACAAAGUGCCCUUCACCCAGCCUGUGAGGGAGAAGGAAGCUGAAGUGCUGCAGCUCUCUGCCCAGGCCAGAAAGCUCUCACAGCAGUUGGAGUCCUUACAGGAGAAAUGUGCUUCUGAGAGUUGCAGAGCACAGGAGUGAGAAAAGAAGCUGCUGUAGGCUCAGAGCCAGCAAGGAAGUGCCUAGGCCUGGAAGGUCAAUUCACUAAACCCUGUAGCACUACAGGAGAAGCACCCACAAACUGCUGUGCGGGUAGAACAGGCAGAAAGUCAGCAGAGAGCUCAGGCCAGUGAGCUGCAGGCCAGGAUGGAGAGAACAAACAAGGAGAAAAAACAACUGCUGAACCUGGCCAUAGAGAUGGACAAAGCUCUCUAAGAUAAGCAAUGGGAAAUUGAGCAGCUGGGGAAGAAGCUGAAAACUGCAGAAAAAGCCAGGCAGAGAGCAGGAAAGCGAGUUGUAAAAGAGGCAGCAGCAGUGGGCAAUGAUCUGAAGGUCCCAGAGCUCUGACAGCUCAAAAGCAGCGAGCAGGCACACAGUGAACUGCAGUUUGAUGCUUACAGAAGGCACAGCACAGAUUAACCGACUAAGGAAAAAGAUCUGAAUGUCAAAUUCCAGCAUUCUAUUUGCAUUCUCAAAACUGUUCUCAUCUCAAAAGCUUGGCAGCUCCCUCCAUUGUGA